UGAAGCUGCAGGUCUGACGUUUGCGGUUCAGGCUGUUGGAACUGAUCUGGGAUCAGGUUCAGGAUGGAGCUGAAGGACUUCUGUCUGACAGACCGCUAUCCCUUCAUCAGUCCACAGCGCCUCUUGGACUCCUCGUCCUCCUCCUCUCCAGCUGAUGAAGCUCAGUCUCCGGCCUCCUUCCUCCACUCCUCCCCCCUCAGUCCCGCCUUCCCCCUGGGCGCCACGCCCGCUCUCAGCCCGUCACACCCGGCCUUCCUCCUCCCCAGCCCGGCCCACUCCUCCUCCUCCUCCACCUCCUCCUCCUCUUCUUCCUACAGCCUCCUCUGUGGAGCGCCGGAGCCCGACUCCCCGACAGGAUCUAGUUCCAGCGGAGGAAGCGUCGGAGGCAGCGCCGUGGUGUCCGAGGCUGCCGUGCGUUUCUCGUUGUCACAGACGGGUUCGUUUUCAGCACAGGUGGACUCCAUCCUGAGGGGCGACUUCCUGACGCCGAUGGGCGCCGCGGGGCCAAAGAGGCUCUGUCUGGUGUGCGGCGACUUCGCCUCCGGGUAUCACUACGGCGUGGCGUCCUGCGAGGCCUGCAAGGCUUUCUUCAAGAGGACCAUACAAGGCAACAUCGAAUACAGCUGCCCGGUGAUGAACCAGUGUGAGAUCACCAAGCGGAGGAGGAAAGCCUGUCAGGCCUGCCGCUUCCAGAAAUGUCUCCAGGCCGGGAUGAUGAGGGAAGGUGUUCGGAUGGACCGAGUGAGAGGAGGACGGCAGAAGUACAAGAGGCGGGUGGAGACGGGACUGAGUUUAUACGCCAAAGCCCCGUACAGCCACGCCGUCAGCAGCCGAAACAAGGUAAUUUCCCAUUUGCUGCUGACAGAGCCCGCCCCGUUGGCCGCCAAUCAGGACGAUUCGACCAAUGACAGCAGCCUGCGGACCCUGCUGACCCUGUGUGACCUCCUGAACCGGGAGCUGCUGGUCCUGAUUAGCUGGGCCAAACAGAUACCAGGUUUCUCCAGGCUCUCAUUGGUCGACCAGAUGUCACUUCUGCAGAGCGGUUGGAUGGAGGCGCUGCUUGUGGGCGUGGCCUGGCGGUCGCAGGGCGCGGCGGCGGAGGAGAUCGUGUUCGCCGGGAACCUGCGGCUGGACGAGGCCCAGUGUCGAGCCGCGGGACUGGCCGAGCUCUAUAAGGCCGUGCGUCACCUGACGGCGAGAUACCAGGCGAUGAACCUGAGCCCCGAGGAGGCCGUGACGCUGAAGGCCAUGGCGCUCGCUAACUCAGACGCCGACCCGGUGGACUGUCCUGACUCGGUGCAGAGGUUCCAGGACGGGCUCCACGAGGCCCUGCAGGAGUACGAGUCGACCCGCAGAGAGCAGCACCGGGCGGGCCGGCUCCUGAUGAGCCUCCCCCUCCUGAGACAGACGGCCGACCGAGCCGUGGAGGCCUUCCUGUGGCUGCACCGCCACCGCUGCGUACCCCUCCACAAACUGCUGCUGGAGAUGCUGGACGCCAAGGCCUGAACCCCUGAGACCAUGUAGGAGAGGACAGACAUGGACUGUACGCCAUCGCUCUGAGACCACGUCACCAUCAACAGAUGACGGACUGUACGCCAUCGCUCUGAGGACGCAUCUGAAAUGCUACAUGUUUAAAUGUUGCUAUUUUUGAACUGAGUUUGAUUACAGUCACCUAAUAAAAGUGCUAACGUUAACCUAAACUCUGACAAACUAGCAUCUAACCCCCCCCCAUAGUGGCUCCAAGUACUAUAGAGAGCCUAAGUUCCUCCCCUACCGGUGGACCACCAUGGGACCUUACUUUAGAAAAACGGUAGUUAACGGCAAGAGACAAUUUUUUGAUCCUAUUUGAAUUGUGCUCUGAAUUUCACACGGUCAAUUUAAAAGUCAGUAAAGUCGCAGUUUAAUGUGAAGUAUCAGACUGUGAAAACACAUAAUUACCACUGUAACUUUUUCUCUCAAUGACUGAAGCUAACGUCAAAGAACUUCCAUGUGUACAUGAUGUGAUAAAAGGACAGGUGAGAUAUUUCUGCGUGGAACAUGGCUUAGUAACCUAGCUAGCAGCAACUAAGCAAUGAACGUUAGCUUAGCAUUACCGCGUUAACAUGUUGGUGACGUAUAUUGUGAGACGAGACAUGUAGUUCAUUGGAUCGGUUUUCACACAAAAUGACAUGUAACUUCACUGUUUCCUGACAGACAAAAAAACUCGCUGUUAACUACCGAACAUAUUUUUGUUUGAAAUAAGGUCCCAUGGGCCGGAAGCGGAAAUGAGUGACUUAAGCUCUCUAUUAAAGUUAGCAAAUGAGACGCCCCUUUGUCUUUGGAAUUAACACUAGGUCACUACUGUAGGCCGUAAGCUAGUUAGCCGCAUAUGCUAACGUUAGGGCAGAUAAACAAUUCUGUUCGUUAAUUAAAAAAAACACAAGGGAAACAAACUCUUGAUGCGCCUGCUGCGACUAGAAAUGUUUGGACAAUCACUGUUUGGGGGGCGGGGUUUUUAGAGAGCAGUCAGUAAAAUACGAUUAAACUCUGAGUGUGAACAAACUCACCCCUCUCAUCAUCCUCAUCUGAAACUGGACAGAUUUUACAUUUCUGAUCCAUUUUUGUAAAAGAAAACAAGAUAUUUUUGUGUGAACUAUUUUCUCAGCGUGUGAUCUGUGUUUUACUUUGAGCCACGACGACGGACUUUUAUUUUGUUGUUCAAAGACGAUUUUUGUAACUCUGCUGAUUAUUGAUUGGCAGCUGAUUAGUCUGAACUCUAGUUUGUAUUUGCAGAUUUUGGAAUAAACAGGUUUCUAACUUCA